AUGGCCGAAUCAGAAUCAGAGUCAGGGUCAGUGAUCCAGCUAAAAUGCAGUUGCAACGAGUAUCCCUGGGGCAAGAUAGGGAGACAAUCGCUAGCUGCCCGGCUCUGCGAGAAGACGAACCCCGAGUUCCAGGUAGACGAGAGCAAACCGUACGCGGAAAUGUGGAUGGGCACAUACCCUGAACUGCCGUCGUACUCGUUGAAGACAGGCGAGGAUCUGCAAGAGAUCCUCAACAAGAACAAGGACAAGCUGAUUGGGAAGACCGUGGUCGACAAGUUUGGAGCCAACCUACCGUUUCUUCCCAAGAUCCUCUCCAUCGCGAAGGCGCUGCCGUUGCAGAUUCAUCCGAAUAGAGAGUUGUCGGAGAAGUUACACAAGGAGGAUCCAGAAAAGUAUACAGACCCCAACCACAAGCCGGAGAUAGCGGUCGCGCUUGGGAAGUUUGAGGCUUUCAUCGGAUAUAAGCCUCUGAAAGACAUUGAAGAGUUAACCAAGUUGGACUGCCUCGAACAAUUUGUGCCCCGGUCCGGGUCCGGCAGCCAACAGUUCGACAAUGAGACACUUCGCGAAGUUUGUCGAAGCAUGCUCAAGGCGCCCGAGGACACCGUCGCUGCUGCGGUCAAAGGGCUUCUGUCGACACCUGUAGAGCGAUAUGGGAAGCAGGCAUACAUUCUAGAUCUAACUCGCCGGUUAGAGGAGCAAUACGGACGGCAUGACAACGGCAACCUCGUGGCUUUGGUGUGCAUGAACUACAUGGUCUUGGAAGCCGGAUCGGUGGUGUACAUCCCCGCGGAUGGCAUUCACGCCUAUCUCUCCGGCGACAUUGUCGAGUGUAUGGCUCGCUCGAACAAUGUCAUCAAUACCGGCUUCUGUCCCAAGCCGGACCGGGACUCGGUGGAUCUGUUUACAGAUGCUCUGACCUUCAAGCAACAUGAUCCUUCCGAACCCAUGCUAAAGAGGGAAGCAACUGACAAGAGCGGCAACGGCAAGACCAUCGAGUUCAGACCCCCCAUGAGCGAGUUCAAUAUUCUGGUGACGGAGCUGUCCCCGGGAGAGACAGAAACCGUAAAGCCAAUCUUGGGCCCGAGCAUCAUGGUCGCCACGACUGGAUACGGCAACUUGACAGCGGAAGGGCGAGAGUAUCCACUUGGGGAAGGCUACAUUUAUUUCAUCGGGCAGGGGGUUCCCGUCGAGAUCAAUGCUAGAGACAAACUGGCUGUCUACCGGGCAUAUGCUGAAUGA